AUAAAUAAACAUUCGAUCAAUAUUUAGUACUUUAUUCUUGUUAAUUCUUUGGUUUAGCUCAUUUUUCACAAAAAAGCGGACUAUUUGAUCGUGAUGCGGCUUGUUCUCACGGUGACACCGCGGAGAGCCUGAAGCCUUUACAGACCUCAGCUGCAGCGGUAAAGUGUCGCUGUUUUGAAAAGAAAAACCGGACAAAUUAGGAUUUUUUUUUCUUCUUUUUCUGAAGUUAAGCCUUUAGUGGGCAGCUACAACAUAAAGGGCACACAAUCAGCUUCUGUCUGUGUUUCAUUUCACUGAGGUUCGCUCUUCUGAGCUGCUCUAAAAGCAGUAACUCCCUCUUGUGGUGAGACAGAAGACUACACCUUUCAUGCCGAUUACUGUUUUAUUAGUGGGAGAAUAACUAAUUUUAUAAACAAAUUAUCGAAGUUAAGCCCAACAUUAUGGGGUGGAGGGUUGAAACUAUGUCCUAGAAAAAAAACAGUUUUUUUAUUAUUAUUAUGGGUAAAAAGUGCAUGGCCAUAAUAAAAAAGGACACUUUGAAAAGAAAGAGACUUUGAGAUGUUAACCUUAAACAAACAGGUUAAACGAGAUUGUCAACCUUUAAGCAUCUUCUGUCUUUAUUUAACUGAUGCUGAAGUACACAACAUCUGUAAAUCCAGAGGUUUGAAGAAACAAAGAAACGCUGACACACCCAUAGUCUGCAGAGUCAUGGAAAUAGUCCUACAGAGAUGAAGUAGGUCAUAAUCAGUGAAUUGAUGACAUGCAAACGCAUCUUCCAAUUGGAACUCACUGGAUUUAAGACGUCAAUUUUUAAUUUUAACGAUGUGCAAUUCUGUAAAUGUCCUCUUUAAAAUUCCACUUUCUUCCCGGGACACCGGAAGCUGGAAGUUUGUGUGUGCGGGAUCAGGAUCAGAACCCCCGCAGCUCCAGCUCCGCGCCUGCGUGGAUGAUCGGGACGCAACGACGUCUUCCACAUUUCUAAAACCUUGUCUCCAUUUAAAUGGAUUUAUUUCCGAUUUGCAUGAGGGACAGUGCGCGUGCGCGGAGGUCCCCCCGUGCGUAAAGCAGCAGACUGAAGCGCGUGGAGGGAAAGUGUCUCCUCAGCGGCGCGCGCCUCUUUGUGCUUCAACUUCUCUGUUUUUUGGACACAAACAGGCUUCCAAGAUAGAUUCCUUCAGGAGUAAAGUGGACCUACUUCGUCUCCCUCUGGCCCUUUCCUCAAAGUCAAUCGGCAACUGCAAGGGCCAGUUGGGCGUCAUUUGGGAGAAAGGCAGCGGUCCGGGGACAGGAGUGGCACUAAAGCUCCGCCCACCGCCGGCCUCCGACAUGGACAACGAGUCGACAUACUCGGGAUACUCCUACAAGUCGUCCCAGUCCCGUAGCUCCCGCAAAUACAGAGAGAGAAGGGAGAGAAAUCGCUCAAAGAAUCGAGAUGGGAACAUCCAUGGAGAUAAAUCGCUGGUCGUCCAGGCGGCGGGGGAGUCCCUGCUGGACGAAGAGUCCAACGUUGCUGAAGAUCGGGAUGAUAACUGGGCGGAGACCACCACGGUGGUCACUGGCACCUCAGUGGACAGCAUCUCCAACGAAGACUUGACUCGACUCUCCAAGGACUCCGAGGACUCUCUGCCCCUCGACUGUCGGCGUUAUGUCAGCUCGAUGUUGGGGGCUGUUCUGGGACUCUUCUCGCUCAUCACUCCUCUGGCUUUCUUGGCCCUUCCUCAGCUUCUGUGGCGGGACUCCCUGGACCCCUGCGGAACUCCGUGCGAAGGACUGUACAUUUCUCUGGCCUUCAAGCUCCUGAUCCUUCUCUUCUCCACCUGGGCGCUCUUUCUGCGGCCUUCCCGAGCUACUCUUCCUCGAUUCUUUGUCUUCCGCUGUUUGCUGCUUGCACUCGUCUUCCUCUUUGUGGGCUCCUACUGGCUCUUCUAUGGGGUGCGAGUGCUGGAGCCCAAGGAGACAGACUACAGGGGCAUUGUGGGAUACGCAGCCUCUUUGGUGGAUGCUCUGCUCUUCAUCCAGUAUCUGGCCCUGGUGCUGCUGGAGGUCAGACAUCUGCAGCCUGCUUUCUGUCUGAAGGUUGUCAGGACCACAGAUGGAGUCAGUCGCUUCUAUAAUGUGGGACAUCUCAGCAUCCAGAGGGCAGCAGUGUGGGUUCUGGAUCAGUACUACAGUGACUUCCCGGUCCAUAACCCCGCACUGCUCAAUCUGCCCAAGUCCAUACUCUCCAAGAAGACGUCUGCCUUCAAAGUUUACAACCUGGAGGAAGAUAACACCACCAACAACUCAUCAGGACAGUCCAGAGCCAUGAUGGCAACUGCUGGUCGGAGAAGAGACAACUCCCACACGGAAUACUACUACGAGGAGGCCGAGAUGGAGCGCAGGAUCCGCAAACGCAAAGCCAGGUUGGUGGUUGCAGUAGAGGAAGCCUUCACCCACAUCAAACGUUACCAGGAUAAAGAAACCAUUACGUCUUCUCCGAAACACCCGCGAGAGGUGAUGGAUCCCAGGGAAGCUGCCCAGGCCAUCUUUGCCCCCAUGGCCCGCGCUAUGCAGAAGUACCUCCGGGCCACCAGGCAGCAGCCCUACCACAGCAUGGAGAGCAUCAUCAACCAUCUGCAGUUCUGUGUAACUCACAACAUGACACCCAGGGCUUUCCUGGAGCGUUAUCUCACGCCCGGUCCCACCCUGCAGUACCUUGAUAACAACAGGAGGCGCCAGUGGACGCUGCUGAGUGAGGAACCUGUGACCUCCUCUCUACAGCAAGGCCAAGUCUUCAGCCUGAGACGUCAUGACUUUGCUCUGGUUGUCACAGUAACACGCCUCCCCUUCCUGCAUCUGGGAGAGGAGUUUAUUAACCCCAAAAGCCACAAGUUUGUAAUGAAGCUGCAGUCAGAGACUUCUGUGUAGGAAAGGGCAGAUCAACACUGUCAGGGUGCCAUUUUAUUACGGGUUUGUUCUUUUUUUUUACAGCCUUAAUGCGUCUAUAUGACUAUAUCUAACAGAAAAACUCACUGAUUAAUCAUUUUAAUUUCGUUAGUAUCAUCUCAGAGUAUUAAGGCUGCAUGACGGAAACACCUGACAGCCCUAUUCUUGAGUGUUUCCCUCUGAUAAAACUCAAGACAACUUCCUUCAAAACUCAGAGGACUUUUUCUUUGGUUUUGGUCCUCACACUCAAAGACUUUUGCCUCUUUGUUUUAAUGUACAAUAUCUGUUGCAUUAUCUACAAGUUUAAAUGUUCUGACCAUUUGAGCUUUUGUUUGCUUUUGGUUUCUGGUAUCACCUUCAAGGGCAUAUGCCUAUUCUUCAAUACAGAGUAGUUUAAAUCUAACUAAAGUUUAGGAGAAGUUAGCCUGAUGUAACACCAACUUCAGUGUUCUGCAGCACUUUAGUGUACUGAAUCCUCUGAUUCUGCAGCCUGUGACUCUGGCCCUCCCAUAUACAGCUGAGUCAGGCUUGAAUAUAGAUUUCUGCAAUUGCAACUACAAGUAUAGGAGAGACAAGUUCACUACUGCAUUUGAGUAUCUCUCUAGGACACUUCUAGAAUUUACCUUCCUUCUAAAAUGACAAAUAUUUACAUUCAUUCAUUUUCUAGGCUACUUCUUCCCUUUCGGGGUCGUGGGGGUGGUGGACCCUAUCCUGGCCACUGAUGGGCGUAGGCGGGGUUCACCCUGGACAGGUCGCCAGUCUGUCGCAGACCACACACAUGCACUCACACAUACACACCUAGGGGCAAUUUAGAGUCACCAAUUAACCUAUGAAGCAUGUCUUUGG